CCACUGAUCAAAGAAAUCGACGGAAAAAGGUUUUGCUUUUAUUUAAGCUAAAACGUAACAGCCAGGGGAAAAGGAAAAACAAAGUAGAACUGAAUUCCCCAAAUGGCUAAGUUCCUGAUCAUGGCGGUUCUUCUGGCGGUGGUGUCGACGGCAACCGUGACGGACGCGCAAGCAACUUGCGCGCAGAAGCUGGUGGGUUGUGCUGCUUACAUCAACAACGCCACCGUCAAACCCGGAGACGACUGCUGUAACCCUAUCAAAGAAGCUGUUAGAACCGAGCUUCCCUGUCUCUGCAAUCUCUACAAGGACCCUAAUUUUCUCCCUUCUCUUCACAUCAACGUCUCGGAUGCUCUCAGGGUCUCUCGUGAAUGCGGCGUCGGUACUGAUCUAAGCAACUGCAACAACUCCACUUCUCCGACCUCUCCUCCGUCUCCACCAGGACGAGGAGCUGUAAAUCAAGAUGGUGGUGCUGACAGGAUAUCAUUGACUGGACUUACCAUCUUCUUCUUACUCUUUAUCUCUAUAGCACUGUACUGAAGUGAUCGGUUGAGCGAGUAUUAGUUUAGAGUAUUCGUGUAAUGUAAUUCAUAAGCUACGAAUUUCAGAGGUUUUAAACAUUGAUGGUAAAUUAGAACAGGAUGUGUUUAUUUAGA